GUACCUGUACGAGCGCAUCGACGGGCGCGUGCGGGGGAACCUGCGCCAGGCCGCCAUCGACCGCUUCAGCCGCCCCGACUCCGACCGCUUCGUCUUCCUGCUCUGCACCCGCGCCGGCGGCCUCGGCAUCAACCUCACGGCCGCCGACACCUGCAUCAUCUUCGACUCCGACUGGAACCCCCAGAACGACCUCCAGGCGCAGGCGCGGUGCCACCGCAUCGGGCAGAGCAAGGCGGUGAAGGUCUAUCGGCUCAUCACCCGCAACUCCUAUGAGCGCGAGAUGUUCGACAAGGCCUCCCUCAAGCUGGGCCUGGACAAGGCCGUGCUCCAGUCCAUGAGCGGCCGCGAGGGCAGCAUCGCCGGG